UCCCCAGAUGUCCCCUUAUUCCCAGGCUUUCCGUCUGCUAAAUGCCAUUCCUAGCCCCCGUGGUGGAGUUUUGUCUGAUUGAUUUCAUUUGUGGUAACUCCAGGUGCUGCAAAGGGACACACGACAUCCCAGGUGCCUCAUGAGAGGCAGAUUUCCAAAACAUCGAGGGUUUGGAUAAUUAAAAUAUUAAUUAAAAAGUGACAGUUUCCACCAUCCCUUUUCUUUCAAAUGUAUGAGAAAAUUACAAUGUUUCCUCUUAGAUUAUUCUGGAGAAAGUGCAGUGCUACCUUUUUAUUUAAUUUAGAAUGCAUAUUGCAGUGUUUUCCUUCCCUGGCAGUGUUUGGAAGAGCAAUACAUGCCAUAGCACGGAUUAGUGAUGAAUUUUGGUUUGACCCCGUAGAAAAAGGUCUUGCCUUGAGAUCAGUGAAUUCCUCGAGGUCAGCAUAUGCAUGUGUGUUCUUCUCAUCCAUGUUCUUCCAGCAGUAUUGCUGCACAGCUCUGCCCCAGCCCUGUCAGAAGGAGAAGCAGUUAUCCCUGCCCUGUAAAUUGAUAAUUAAGUCAGUUCUCCCUGUGUUUAGAUGUGUAAAUGUGCUGGAAAGGAAUGUGGAGAAAUGCAGCAUCUCCAGGAGCCCCAGUGAGCAGCACAUCACCUUCCAGCUGCUCUGCAGGCACGGUGUUGUAAAAACCUACAACCUGACAUUUCAGGAGUGUGAUCCCUUGCAGGCUGUUUUUGCAAAGCACAUGUGUCCAAACAUUCUUAAAGUCCACUCCAGGCUGCUGGCUGAUGUGAUGAUCCACUUCCCAACCAGCCAGGAAGAAAUAACCUUGUCAGUAACUCCAAUGAAAGUUUGUUUCAAGAGUUACACUGAGGAAGACACUGACUUUUCAAGGACAAUGCUUACUGAGAUACAGCUCAGUCCAGAGGAAUUUGACUACUUUCAAGUUGGAGUAGAUUCUGAAGUGACAUUUUGCCUUAAAGAACUGAGGGGCCUGCUGGCGUUCUCCGAAGCCACGAGCGCUCCCGUGUCCAUCCACUUCGACAGAUGUGGGAGGCCCAUUGCAUUCAGCAUUGAGGACCUGCUGCUGGAGGCCAGCUUUAUCCUGGCCACCUUGUGUGAGGCUGAGGAGGAGGCAGCUCCCCCAGAGCCUGCCUGCUGCCCACGGCCCUGGGACAGCUCAAGGACUGGCAUGGAUAAAUGUGACCAGACCUCCAUGGAUGGAGCCAGCAACACAGGCACAGCUGCUUCCAGAAAGCCACAGCAGAAGGGAAGCACUCCGAGCACGGACCCUGCAACACCCCCAAGUGGUCUGGCAAAACAAGAGGUAAAAAAUAUUCCCAGAGGCUCAGAGAGGGACGUGCCAGGCAGAGCAGGAGCAGCCACGGCCCAGGCAGCUGGAGGAGAGGCCACAGAGGCUCCUUAUGCCAAGUUCCACUCCUUAUUCUUUGGAGCUGUCUCUUACAAGGAGAAGGAGGCCAUUGGUGACACCUUCCAGAGCUUGGUGACAGCCAGUGACACUGAGGAGGAGCUGGGUGCCUUGCAGAGCUCCCCAGUUCUGUAGUGCAGGCCUUGGGCUCCAAGGACAGACAGUGGGGAGUGCCCAGCAGGGCAGGGCAGGCCCAGCCUUUGUCACUGGUGCUGUGACCCAGCAGCACAGAAUGCUCUGGAACUGUCAGUGCUCUUGCAAUGGCACAAAUUUAGGUCACCAUUGACUCCGUUGAGGUUUGUGUGUUCUGCAGGAGCUGCUGGGGGUUCUGCUCUCAGAACACUCUCACUGGAGAGAGGCUCAGUUUCAGUUCAAACUCUGUUACCACAUCAGGCAAAUGAAGCCUCUGUUCUGCUUAAGGGAGAACUCAGGUUUUUACAGGUUCUCUGGAACCAGCUUUUAACUGAAAAACCAAACUUGUCACAGGACUGCAUUUAAAAAAAAUAAAGGUUUGAGUUUCAGACUUUGCAUUAUUCUUUUCCUUCCCCCAGUCUCUCCCCCCACACCUCAGGGGCAGUGCAGUACUUCCAAAGUCACACUGGAACACAACACUGAAGUUCCCAGUCAAUUCAAGGAUUACCUGUCUGCCAGACUCUGCAGAAGGCAUUGGGUGUCACUCAGGUGUGGCUCUGAGAGCAGUGCAGGGAGGUCACAGUGACAGCCCAGCCCCCCGGCCCUGGCUGUGCCUCUGCCACCAACCACAUCCCCACAUCAACAAACAGAGGGUUUGCAGGCAACUGGACUUUAAAAAGCACAUUUUAGUAUAAAUACUAUAUUUAUUAAAUAUCUUUACAAUUUAUUUAAAUGUAUUUACAGAACUAUUCCUGCAUAAGUUAUACCUCAGACAUGAAAUUCACAUAAUUGCCUCUUGGGUAAGCAUAGAUGAUAGUCUCAUUUUAACAGCAACAAAAAAGCAUCCUCAGAUACAGACUCAGAUUUGCUUCAUUGUUUCAGCUAUCUUUGUCAGAAACUACUGCAUACAGUCGGGUUCUCCACACAGCAGCUGCUCCUCCCCUGGAGAAAGGAUGUUCCAUCACUGAAUCCUCCCAUCCCUGCCAGACCAUCACCUCUCCCUCCUCCUCGACUCACUUGUAACUGCCUGGUCCCAAAUCUGCUUUUUGGUUUGGUUUUGUUUUCAGCCUGAAAAGGACAUUUAGGACUGUAUGUGGCAGCUCUCCCAAAGAUAGCCAUGAAAACAGCAAGAAGCACAGAGCUUCUCCGUCCCCAUCCCCACUGCUGAGCAACCCCAGGCUCCUGGGGGCCAAGCUCCUCCCGUUCCUCCAGAUCCUGCAGCUCCCAACACCGACCACAGCCCCCUGCAGCAGCUCCAAGGCAGCUCGUGCUCAGCAAACACCUUUCUUGUACAUUCCUCUCGUGAACAUUCCCACUGACCUAACCCUAGCAAGUGUUACUGCUCCAUGCAUCGCUGGAAUUGUUUUUGAUAGGAUGGGCCCUGUCCUUUCCUUCUCCAAAGAUCAGUUGUGCGCAGACAGCGUUAAGUUCAUAGGAAAAAAUCAGGUUUGAUAUGUUCAGAGUGCACGUCUUAAAAAAAACCCAAAACAAUCAAGCAUGUGAUAAAAAUAUCAAUUCUUUAUAAUACAGUAUUGCUUUAUAAACAGAUGGAAAAGCUAAAAGCUUUACUGGUCUUUGGUGUGCCCGGUGAGGGAAAAACUCAUGAUUUUGUAACUCAAAACCCAAAUUUGUUCUUUAUUUAAAAAAACCCAACAGGUCAUGGUGUGAUAUGAGGCAAACAGCUUUGUGGACACAGACAGGGAGGAGCGGGAAUUGGGGAAUUCCAGACCCCUGACCCACACAGUCCCCAGGGAAAAUUCUGGAAAGCCAGGAAGGGGAACAGGGAGGGCUGGGGACUGUGCUGAGAGCAGAGAACAGCCCAGGGCCACGGGGGCAUUGCCUGAAGGGAAGGGCAAAGGAAAAGAAGAAUUGAUCAAAUCUGCUCUAAUCCAGAAGCGUGCGAGUAAAUACUGGAUAAAUGUAAAGACACCCAGGGUGGGAGAGCAAGGCCCCUCCCAAACAAGAAACAAAGCCCUGUUCUGCAUGUGAAUACAUUCCUCCGAGACAGCCAGAGACAGCUUGUUCAGGUUAAAAACAACAAGGACUGACAGGUUGUGCAAAGUUCUCCACCACUCACUGUUCGUGUGUCGCAAAACGAAUUGAUUUUUCUUCAUUAAUAUAAUCCUCCCCAUACCCUCACCAAAAUCCUAUUUUGGUCAAGUUAGGGUAGUUAAGGCAUUUUGACAAGUAAUUACAAGGUGAUUUAAAGUAGAUACCUAACAUUAUGCCAAUUGAGGAAUAGCAGAUAAAUUACUGAAGAGCUCCCAAAUUAAUCACUUAUUAUAAAUGAAAUGCCUGUUACAAGCAUGAUGCACUGAAAUAUAGUAAAAUGACAUGUACACGGUACAUGUUAAAUGACCUUAAAUAAAAGCUUGACAUUGUUACGCAAAUAUACAGUACAAGUCCACAAAAAUUCUUUAAACAAGUUGAGGUAACCUCAAACUUAAACAGUUUUAAUACAAUAAACCAGGUAGUAAAAAU